UUUUCAUAAAACCCCAAAGCAAAUUCUCUCUAUACAAAUAUACUCCUUAGCUCCAACAAUUCAUCAAGCUAUCAAUGGCAUCAAGCAAAUCCUUCAUCACAACUUUACUUCUUGUUGUCACCAUGAACAUGAGCAUAGAAGCUCGCCACCUUUUACAAACAACAACACAACCAAAUUUGCCUACCAUUCCCACUUUGCCACAACCAACAACGUUGCCACCAUUGCCUUCAAUUCCAACAUUGCCUCAAGUAAAUCUUCCACCAUUGCCUACCAUUCCAUCUCUUCCUAAGCUCACCAUGCCACCACUUCCUAGCUUUCCUACUACCAAUAUUCCAACACUUCCAUCUCUCAACAUUCCACCAUUGCCGGCAGCAACUUCACUUCCCAACUUACCUUCAUUCCCAACCACUUUCCCCUCCAUCCCAUUUCUCACCCCACCACCUUCAACCUCUAGCCCUUAAACAUUGGGUUAUGUGAUCAGCUAAAUGCAUGCAAUAGACAUUGUGUUAAUUCUUGAUUGUGUGUAUUGAAAUUGUAUGGGGUUAUUGAUUUAUUGUAUGGUGUGAAAAAACUUUGUAUUUCUUUCUAAUUACCUGUUUAGCACUAUUGCUUGUACUUUUGAAUUUUAUAUUAUUGAUGUUGAAAUUACACAUUUAGAUGCCAGUUUAGCAC